AUGUUCGGAUCAACUCCCGCCGCGCCGUCUACAGGGUCGACACUAGGUCGAUCUGCGUCCUUUUCCUUCUCACAACCUCCCGCCAACAAACCAUUCUCUGGCGCAUCGGGAGGAUUUUCAUUCGACGGUGUUGCCGCGUCCAACGCUUCCGCAAGCACAGCUACUACAACCGCAGGUACAGCAGCUCCGGCUUCAGGAGGGUUCAGCUUCGGGGCAAAACCGGCCACAACGACGGCUGCACCAGCGACCGGCGGCGGGUUGUUCGGGUCCAAUUCAAAUACUCAACAGCAGCAACAACAGCAGCCGCAGCAACAGACACAGCAGACCGGUUUUGGAGGCGGGCUAUUCGGUGCUUCGAACAAUACCGCUUCGACGUCGACCGGUGGUCUCUUUGGCAGCAAGCCUAGUGCACCGGCUGCUGCUGGCGGCGGCUUCUCGUUUGGUGGUAACAACAACAACACUGCGUCCACGUCUACCGGCGGGCUGUUUGGUUCGUCUACUCAAGCGGCACAGCAGCAGCAGCAGCAGCCGCCAUCCACAUCGCUGUUCUCCUUCGGAUCGUCUCAACCACAGCAACAGCAGCAGCCGAACAACACUUUCCAAUCCUUCCAGUCUCAACCGCAGUUUAACAACUCUGCAGCAGCGGCAUCACCAUUCUCGCGGUUCGGGUACUUUCAGAAAGAGCGAUUCAACGACCUCCCCGAAGACGCCAAGAAGCUCAUUGAGGAGCUCGACUCGCACAUCUCCGCUCAAACCCAGCUUCGCGACGAGCUCAAGACGCGAAACUUUGGUGAAGAGAUCCGCAAGUGCGCCGCCGAAUGGCACGAACUCGAUUCGGCACUCAAGUCGCUCUCCGCGACGCUCGAUACAGACGAGAACCAAUCGAACGACGUAGGACGCUUGCUCGAACGCGAUCGCACCACCACCUCUACGCUGUAUUCCAUCAUUCUGAAUGCCAAGGAGCCGCGCGCAGGCGCUUCGGACGGCGCAUCGUUCGUCGAGUGGCUCGAGCACUUCUUCUCCGGUCUGGCGCUCGAAUAUCGCGAUCGCAUCUCACGCUACUCGAGCACGGUGGAGACGAUCCAGCAUCACCUGGCUUCGCUGUCCAACAGGGAGACGUAUACGCCGCAGGCCAUCUCGGACGCGAUCCACGCUCAGCACGAGAGCUUCAUGACGUUGGCCGGACAGGUGGCGGCGCUGCAUGCCGAAGUGGACGCGUUGAAGAAGGACUAUACGAGGUGGUACAAGCAGGUCAACAGGAGUGUGAGGGAUCCGUUUGGGAGUAUGAAUGCGUUGGCGGGGAGUGUCCCGCCUGCGUCGUGA